AUGUCAGAUACCCCGUUGACCCACGUCGACCUCAGCGACACGAUUGGAGCCGUGGAGAUCGGGUCCCUCUUCGCUGUCUUUCUCUUCGGGAUCCUCACGCUCCAGACCCACAUCUACUACAUAACAUUUCCGAGCGAUAGAUGGACUCACAAGCUGCUCGUCGCUGUAAUAUGGAUCUUGGAAGUCGGUCAUACGGCUGGAGUCAGCUAUGAGGUGUACCGAGUAACGAUAAUCCUCUACGGGCGGCCACAGCUUUUGGUCCGAUUGCCAGGCUUUGCGGCAGUGACGGUUGUAGGAGGGCUGAUAACAUACCUAACACAACUAUUCUUCUCCCGCCGUAUCUUCAAGCUCCUUCCCCGGCCCUACAACCUGAUUGGGAUUUUUUGCAUGGUCGCCGCCUCUGUUCGAAUGUUAGGGAGCUUUUACCUCACCGUGCAAGGCAUCCGGUCACCCUCGCUCAUUGAUUAUCGGCGCGACUGGAAAUGGCUCGUGUCUGCUAUGUUGGGAGGAGGCGCUGCGAUCGACGUUAUCAUCGCCGUGUCUAUGUUGUAUUAUCUGUUUACGAAGAGAGGCAACACGCUGGAGAGAGCGUCGAGAGUAAUCGACCAGCUGAUCGCCUAUACACUUCGAACGGGGCUUCUUACAAGGCGGGUGCCCCAAAAGGUCGAAUUAUUUUUUGAUUUUUCUAACUUCCAACCCAGUCUCUCCGCGAUCGCCAUGCUUAUCGCGUUCCAAACACGUCCUGAAAGCCUCAUAUGGCUCGCACUGUACGCCUUCCUUGCGAAGCUCUACUCCAACAGCAUAUUAUCAGCACUGAAUGCCCGGCAUUCGAUGCGGGAGGAGAUGUCGGGCUCGAUCAGCGUCGAGCGAUUCACACUUCCGAGAAGUCAGCGCGCGCGAGAUACAGCGGCGAGAUCGCAGAACGAGUUCAUCAUGGCUUCCCCAGUGAUCUCAAUAGAGAUGAAGACCACGACGGGUAUUAAGACCGACGACGUAGAUCCGAGUCUUCAAGGCAAGGAGUCAUUGGACAUGCCACGCGACAAUCCACCACGGGCAUACAGACUCACGGGGAGGAACAAAGUGAUGUCCCCCAGUUUUCCAUGA